AUGGAAAAAGAAUAUGGCUGGGAUGCGCUAAUAGUGAGUUGGGCUGUGUUUGAGAUUGCUCUCAUGGGACGUUUCUUUCCCCAUGAGUUGAGAAAGGGAAAGAUAAGAGAGUUUCUCACCCUUAAUCCGGAGUCUUUGAGUGUUCAUGAGUACAGUCUGAAGUUCGCACAACUUUCCUGCUAUGCCCUAGAAAUGGUUGUUGACAUGAGGAGCAUGAUUAGUUUAUUUGUUGCUGGGUUGUCUCGUCAGUCAAGCAAGGAAGGCAAGGCAAAGAUGUUGAUAGGGGAUAUGAACAUAGCAAGGCUAAUGAUCCAUUUGCAACAAGUUGAGGAGGAUAAGCGGAAGGAUCAAAAAGAGUUUAAGAAUAAGAGGGCUAAGACAUCAGGGAACGAGUUCAGUAUGGCACAAAGGGGUAGUAAGCCUCCUGCAUGUGCUAAGUGUGGCAGAAACCACUCAGAUAUUUGUCGUGAGGGAUCUACUGGUUGUUUUAUGUAUGGUCAGAACGGUCAUUUUAUGAGGGAGUGUCCUGAAAACAUGCAAGGUAAUGGUAAUAGGGGCAAUAGGGCCCAACUUUCUUCAAUUGCUCCACCAGACAGAGCUGCACCUCGAGGAGCUACUUCAGACUAA